GGGGUGGAAAAAAAAAAGCCAGGAAAGUACGAACAGCGCUUGCGCAAGAGCCGUCGCCUGCCCUCAGACCGGAAAUUAGCUGCCCCUCCCACCUCACCCGGAAAUCACUUCCUGGGACUUGUUUUCUCUGCGAGUUGCCGCAGAGAAAUGCUUAUUUCGUGGUACUAUUCUUAUUAACUUCGCACUUGUCGGAAAGUGAGGUUGUGUGCCUGGUUUUAGCCAGAGAUCGUCCGAGGCUUGUUUACCUUGAAGACUGGAAAUUGAAAGAGAGGAAUCUUUAGGAAUUCCUGUAAUUUAAUGGCUCUCGCGGGGUGGCCAAGAAAAAUGAGAAUAAAAGGAAUACUCCACGGUCUAUCCCAUAUUCUUGUCCCCCAGAGCGUCCUCAAACUCAGAAAUUAAAAGACGGUAAAUCCACCUGUUAGCCUAGAUAUUGGCUUAGCAUUUGGAGUGGAAAUGUAUUUGGUUAGCUGAGGAAAAAAUGUCAUAACGGAGAGAAUCUCUUUUUAAAAUUCACACUCGUCAGUUUUAAAGGUCCAGAAGAAAAAAGGUCAAUAAAGGGACUUAACCUAACUCACCCUAGAGCCCAGUCUUCUGCUUCUGGAGUCAAGCAUUCUUAACUACUGUGUGACGUGAGCCGAUGUAUAGGAAGCGAAUUAACUGCAAAAGAUGGAAGUAGAGCGGAGAGAUGGGAACAUAAAAAAGGAAAGUUGGUUACCAGUUAUUCGGGAGCUGAGCUUUCAAAAAUUUAUUGAACAAUCCAACUUACUAGAAGAACUUAAAUAUGACUUCAAUGAAAAAGCUGAAUUGAGACACACUGAGACACAAAGGCCUUUUGUCUUUAACUAUUAUAAAAAUGUUUUUGAGAGGAAUAGCAAGCGCUACCAGGCCCUUGGCUAUUUGCUUGAACAAUAUAUUUAUCAGCUUUUGGAGAAAGUAUGCAAAUUACAAAAAGUAUAUAUCCCACCAGAGGCUGAUAAGGAACCAAGAAGCUUCUUUUUCAUGAGUGAGAGAGCAUUAACAAGUCAUCAUUCUGUUCUUCUUGUUCUUCUUCAAGACCAUGGAGUCUUCAGAGCUGGUCAGUGGAGUCAGCAGGCAAUAAUACAUCAUGGUCUCCAGCAUGGAAGUCAGAUACCGUGUAUUCAAAUGGCAUUGCAGGCACAUUAUGACGUAAUUGUGCUAAACCCCAAUGACAAUUUCAUUGACCUAAACAUGGAAAAAGAGUGGAAAGGCCUUAUAACACAAAAUAAGGGGUUCUCUUCCCUAAAAAUGGUUCCAGCAGAGAAUUUUUUAUCUCUCCAGCAACCUCUCCAGUGCAUCCCUAAACGAUGCAGCAACACUCCUGAAGAACACAUGGGUUACAUUUGGGAUUACUUCAUUUCAAAGACUGAAGGCAAAGAUGUUGCCUUCAUUGUGCAUGGUUAUGGAGGCUUAGUUUUUAUGGACUUACUUGUUCGUAGAAAGUGGGAGGUGAUGAACAAAGUAUAUGCCGUUGCACUUAUUGACUCUGAACAUCAUGUAGGACACCAGUUGGGAAGUGAUGUUCAGUUAUUAGCCUGGAUAAAACACCACUGCCGUGAAUGGGUGACAAGCCCUAAGCCUUUGGAUAAGCCUGCAGCUACUGUUUUAAAACAGGAGUUUCCUAUGGUUUCUGCUGGUACAGAAAAACACAACUUAGCCCCUUCCUCUAGCCUUCAGUCAAUUUUUAAAUACUUUAAAAAAGCUUUGAAAGCCAAAACAACUAUUAAUUUUUCCCGAGUGCCAAUAGUAACUAGAAGCUCCACAAAAAGAAAGCAAAGUGCUUAGCUUACUAUUUUGUCACCUAAGAUUUUUUUUUCCCACUGAAAUGUUGCUAAUGUAGAUGUAGAAGAAAAAGAAUAUUUCACAGUAUUAUGUAAUGAAAAGAAUAUACACAUUGUUAUAUUCUGGCUUGAGGUUUGAUGUGUUACUUUUUUGGAAAAGUGAAUAUGUUCUUUUUUGCAGCCUAUUGAUGAGCUGGGCAUCCGUCAAUGCCAUGAUAAAUAUUUUACAGUAUUCGUCAAGUUCGAGGAUAUUUUGAAGGGCUCUCUUGUGGUUUUUUUUUUUCUUGUGGUUUAAUAGAAUGACACUAAAA